AGCAGUGCCAGGGAUCAAACCACAUCCUCAUGGGUACCAGUCGGGUUCCUUAGCGCUGAACCAGGACAGGGACUCCUGACACUUUUUUUCAAGCCAGGGCUCCUCCCUAAUGUGACCAAGCCUUUACCCACUCAUUCUCCAGACCUGCCCAGACCUGAAGUUGCCCAGGGACCUAAAGCUCCUCCCCAAACAUAAACUUGAUAUGGAAAACCUGGCCUUUCCUUUCUGCCUUUGGCUGGCUGGCUGUUUCAUCCUCGUCUCCCUUCACCCUGCCCUCAAUCUUGUCUUCUGCAGGUCUUGGCUGGUGUCAUAAAAGGGGUCCCAUCGCAUGGCCUCCCACUCCAGGGAGCCAGAACUCCUGCCCUGUGGGUCCUGUGACAUGGUUUUCCGCUCCUGGGCCCUGUUGGCCACCCACACUCAGCGCUUCUGCAUUGGCCGUCUGACCCGGCAGGUGACGGUUGGGGCACAACCCCCAGUGCACAGUGAACCACGACUACUGGCGGAUGUGCCACAGGAACACCAGGGCCUCUCAGAUCAGGAGGCCAGCAAAUCGGCUUUGAAGAGGCUGACCGAGGAGGUGCAGCGGCUGCGGCUGUAUCUGCAGGAAAUGAGACCUUGGAUAACAGAGGUCCCCAGGGCACCCGGGCCCUGGAGGGGUUCAGAAGCCCCAGCUGCUGAGGCUGCUGGGAGCCCCGGCGAGAGGCUGCGGGCGCUGCACCGGACUCACGCAAGGCGCGUGGCAGAGACGGAGGCACAGAGCCGGGUCCUGGAGCAACGCGGUCAGGAACUGAGCCGGCGCCUCCAAGGUCUGGCCUGGAUCCGGGACGGGAAGUCACGCCUAUUCGGCCUGCAGCAGGAGCUUCGAGAACUCCGGGCAGAGGCCGGGCGAACGCGGGGAGCUCUAGAAGUGUUAGCGGCGCACUUCCAACAAUUACAGGCUGACCAAGGGACCCGGCCGAACACCUUGCGAGAGCCAGAAGUAUGCGGCCCGGUGCUGCAGGCCAAUGCAGGGACUCUGGCUGCGGAGAUCGGGGCCUUGCGUGAGGCCUACAUUCGAGGCGGGGGCCGGGACGCCGGCGUUCUGGGCUGGAUGUGGCAGUUGCAAGUAGAGGCGUCGGCACUGGAGCUUCGGCGGUCGAAGACUCACAGGGGAAGACCAGCAGAUGCCGUAUUCAAGGAGCUUCUGGUAGUGGAGGCUGAAAACCGGAGUCUGGAGGCAGAAAUCCUGGCUUUGCAGAUGCAGAGGGGCACAGGCGGAGUGCGCCGGGAGCGUGGGGAGCCGAGACUUGUGGCCGGUUCCAGCCCACGCCUGAGGAGAAGGGAAGACCCCCCCAGCCUCCCACCUCCGGUGGCUCCUCCACUGCCACCGCUUCCACGCUCCACAGACAUCUUGAGUGGUGCUUUUGAAAAGGCUUCGCAGCUUCCUGAAACGAGGACCAGAAACUUGGGCCUGGACCUACACUUCCUUCUGCCUGCACCUGAUGUCCUGGGCCCUGCACCUUAUGACCCCGGGGCUGGCCUUGUCAUUUUCUAUGACUUCCUGCGUGGCCUUGAGGCUUCUUGGAUUUGGGUGCAACUAGUAACUGGCUUGGCCCGAGACGGACAAGAUACAGGAGGGACCACGGUGUUACCCCCAGCCCUUUGCUUGCCUCCACCUCCAGCUCCUGGACCCAUGGGCAACUGUGCCAUCCUUGCCAGCAGGCAGCCUAUACCCAGACUACCACCCUCACCACCAGUAUCCUUGGUCUGUGAGCUACAGGCCUGGCAGGGGCUGGCAUGGGCUAAGACACCACAGCCGAAGGCCUGGGCAUCACUGGUGCUAUUUGACCUGGAUCAGAGGGUGCUAAGUGGUCGUUGGCGUCUCCCACUUCGGGCCCUUCCUCUGGACCCCAGCCUUAGCCUUGGACAGCUGAACGGGAUUCCCCAGAUAGGUCAUUCCGAGCUCUUUCUGCGGCUGGUGAAUGCACGAGAUGCAGGUGUCCAGACACUGGCAGAGAUCAAUCCAGCAAGUGCCCAUGAGUACCAGUACCCACCUCUGGUACCCAGCUCAUCUUCCCUGGAAGCCAGCUCCCUUGCCGCAACAGCUGGUUUUGUUGACCCCCCACCUCCUGAAGAGGCCUCCCAGGGGCAGAGGCAAGCAGAGCGAUGAGGGUUUGGGCCUUCCCAGCUGUGACCGACCGCCCUGGCUUCCCGAGUAGCUUCACCGGCGCAGGACUGGGGCCUAGGCUGAGGUGUAUUCUCAGACCUGCAGCUUCCCUACUCCCCGUGCCGACAGAGGGUCUGGCAGCAGAUAGACAGGAGCACAAGACCCGAGCUCCCACCCCAGCUGGCCUACCUCCCACAAGCACUUGACCUUCGUUACCUACUUUCCCUUUGUAAGAAAAGACUGACGACAAUUAAACAGCUACGUCAGAUA